AUGGACACGGAAAGUAAUAGGAGAGCAAAUCUUGCUCUCCCACAAGAGCCUUCCAGCGUGCCUGCAUUUGAAGUCUUGGAAAUAUCUCCCCAGGAAGUAUCUUCAGGCAGACUGUUGAAGUCGGCCUCAUCCCCACCACAGCAUACAUGGCUGACAGUUUUGAAAAAAGAGCAGGAGUUCCUGGGGGUAACACAAAUUCUGACUGCUAUGAUAUGCCUUUGUUUUGGAACAGUUGUCUGCUCUGUACUUGAUAUUUCACACAUUGAGGGAGACAUUUUUUCAUCAUUUAAAGCAGGUUAUCCAUUCUGGGGAGCCAUAUUUUUUUCUAUUUCUGGAAUUUUGUCAAUUAUAUCUGAAAGGAGAAAUGCAACAUAUCUGGUGAGAGGAAGCCUGGGAGCAAACACUGCCAGCAGCAUAGCUGGGGGAAUGGGAAUUACCAUCCUGAUCAUCAACCUGAAGAAGAGCUUGGCUUAUAUCCAUAUCCACAGUUGCCAGAAAUUUUUUGAGACCAAGUGCUUUAUGGCUUCCUUUUCCACUGAAAUUGUAGUGAUGAUGCUGUUUCUCACCAUUCUGGGACUUGGUAGUGCUGUGUCACUCACAAUCUAUGGAGCUGGGGAAGAACUCAAAGGAAACAAGGUUCCAGAUGAUCGUGUUUAUGAAGAAUUAAACAUAUAUUCAGCUAUUUACAGUGAGUUGGAAGACCGAGGGGAAAUGUCUCCUCCCAUUGAUUUAUAAGAAUCACAUGUCCAGAACACUCUGAUUCACAGCCAAGGAUCCAGAAGGCCAAGGUCUUGCUAAGGGGCUACUGGAAAAAAUUCUAUUCUCUCCACAGCCUGCUGAUUUUACAUUAGAUUUAUUCGCCAGAUGAAAAUAUUUUGUUUUUGUUGCUUCUGUUCACCUUAAUAUUCUUCUUCCAUUUGUAGAUAUGAUAGACUCCUAUUUUUCUUGUUUUAUAUUAUGACUUCACACACAUCUCUGCUGGAAAGUCAACAUGUAGUAAGCAAGAUUUAACUGUUUGAUUAUAACUGUGCAAAUACAGAAAACAAGAAGGCUGGCUGAAAGUUGAGUUAAACUUUGAAAGUUUGAUAGUAUUUGGUUCUUAGGGUUUUUUUUUUUUUUAGCAUUCCUAAUAGUUACAGUUGGGCAUGAUUUGUACCAUCCACCCAUACCCACACAGUCACACACACAUAUGUAUUACUUACACUAUAUAUAACUUUCUAUGCAAAUAUUUUACCACCAGUCAAUAAUACAUUUUUGCAAAGACAUGAAGUUUUAUAAAGAUCUGUAUAAUUGCCUGAAUCAUCAGCAUAUUCACUGAUAUGAUAUUAUUUGCAGAUUGACAAGUAGGAAGUGGGGAAUUUUAUUAAGUUACCCGUUGUCUGGGGAGGUAGAUAGGUAAAAACAGGGAAAUUAUAAGUUGAGAGAUUAACAUUUCACAAAUGUUUAGUGAAACAUUUGUGAAAAAAGAAGACUAAAUUAAGACCUGAGCUGAAAUAAAGUGAGUGGAAAUGGAAAUAAUGGUUAUAUCUAAAACACGUAGAAAAAGAAUAACUGGUAGAUUUUGUUAACAAAUUAAAGAAUAAAGUUAGAUAAGCAACCGGUUGACUAAUACAUUAAGUGUUUGAGUCUAAGAUGAGAGGAGAACACUGGUUAUGUUGAAAAAAUGAUAAAAAGGGCCGGGCGCGGAGGCUCACGCCUGUAAUCCCAGCACUUUGGGAGGCCGAGGUGGGCAGAUCACGAGGUCAGUAGUUUGAGACCAGCCUGGCCAACAUAGUGAAACCCUGUCUCUACUAAAAAUACAAGAAAAAAUUAGCUGGGUAUGGUGGCAGGCACCUGUAGUCCCAGCUACUUGGGAGGCUGAGGCAGGAGAAUUGCUUGAACUCGGGAGGCGGAGGUUGCAGUGAGCUGAGAUCGCACCAGUGCACUCCAGCCUUGGUGACAAUGGGAGACUCCAUCUCAAAAAAAAAAAAAAGAUAAAAAGUCAGAAAUCUGAAAAGUGGAGGAAGAGUACAAAUAGACCUAAAUUAAGCUCAUUUUUGGACUUUCAUUUUGGGAAAACAAAGGGAAAUGCAGCCAUAGAGGGCCUGAUGACAUCCAAUACAGAGUUCUGUAAAGAUAAAAUUUGAUACAGGUUUAGUGUCAUUAUAAGAGAAAUCAUUAUUAAAUGAAGCAAGUUAACACUCUAAGAGAAUUAUUUUGAGAUAGAAGUGAAGCUAAGCUAAACUUCACAUGCCUAUAAUUGGAGGGAAAAACUAAGGAUAAAAUCUAGACUAGAAGAUACAAUAAUUAGUCAUCAACAUGCAUUGUGAAACAGUAGAGAGCAGGUAGCCCAAAAUAGAGAAAGAUCAGAUAAAGAGAAAAUAAGUAUCCAUCAGAGACAGUAUCUGUAGGCUUGGGCAAGAGAAAAGUCCACAGUGAUAAGCAACUCCACCUAAGGCAUGAAUAUAGGGCAGAGAAAACAGCAAUAGUGAAUGAAUGCAAAAGGUGCUGAGAAAUUCCACACAUGAGUAUUGUGAUGAGUAAAUGAAUAAAACAUUUGCAAAGACCUUUAGAGAAAGAGAAUGGGAGCAUAUGUGAGAAAUAAGAUAGUUGAUUAUGAAUAGAAGGUAUUGAAGAAAAGUAAGCUAAGAAAAAAUUCCUUUUAUAAAAGAAGGAAAAGAUAGUUUAUGUUUUUAGCCUAAGAGUCCUAUAGAAUGACUGAAAAAAAUCAGUCUGAGAGUAUUAGUCACAAUUAAUGAAAUAAUUAGUUACAUUUUAUGUAUUGAGGAUGCCAAGAUUAAAAGGUGACAGGUAGAUGUUAAUUUCCCUAGAUUAUGAAAGUGAUUACGACAAUCACACAACAAAUAAUUAAGUGACUUGGUACGCUUUAUUUAAUUGUAGGGCCUGAGGAUUUCCCCUUCUCAUUUUUCUAAAAUAAAAUUUUGUUUCUCCAAAUUUGACGGCAGAAUAAAAAACCCUACGCUUUCACCGUGUAUCAUGCUAAGCUGCAUCUCUACUCUUGAUCAUCUGUAGGUAUUAAUCACAUCACUUCCAUGGCAUGGAUGUUCACAUACAGACUCUUAAACCUGGUUUACCAGGACCUCUAGGAGUUGAUCCAAUCUAUCUUUACAGUUGUAUAAUAUAUGAUCUCUUUUAUUUCACUCAGUUUAUAUUUUCAUCAUUGACUACAUAUUUCUUAUACACAACACACAAUUUAUAAAUUUUUUCUCAAGAUCGUUCUGAGAGUUGCCCCACCCCACCUGCCUUUUAUGGUAUGCCCACCUCGGGCAGACACAGAGCACAAUGCUGGGGUUCUCUUCACGCUAUCACUGCCCCAAAUUGUCUUUCUAAAUUUCAACUUCAAGGUCAUCUUCUCCAUGAACACCACUGAAUGAACACCUUUUCAUCCAGCCUUAAUUUCUUGCUCCAUAACUACUCUAUCCCACAAUGCAAUAUUGUAUCAUUAAUUAUUAGUGUGCUUGUGACCUCCUUAUGUAUUCUCAAUUAC